CUUUUUUGUAAGUCAUAUUUUCAUUUCUGUCUCAUAUUUUAAAUUAAUAUCUAUUUAUCUAUAUCUAUAUAUAAUUUGUAUCUGUAUAUACACACACACACACAACACAAUAAUUAACCUCCUGUUGAUUCAAUCUUUUUAUAGAUUCAACAGAUCUAGGGAUUCAUUGUAGAUCUAUUUUUAUUAUUUUGAAAGAUAUAGAUAUAAUAGAUAUAUUUAUAAUGGCUAGUUGUAGCUGUAUUGGAAUAUCGACAAUUAAGCCAACAACUUAUAGUAGGAUGAUUCUAAUUGGUUAUAAAAGAUCUUCUAUUUUCGGUUUUCGAAUACCUGAUAGCUCACCGGCGAUUAAUUCGUCGAAAUCGAGAUUUAAGCUGCAUAGAUAUAGAGGGAUACAUAGUUGUUGUAGUAGUAUUUACAAUAGUGGUGGUAAGGUUUUAGGGUUUAGAAACGUAGUUGAUUCGAAUCGGAAGGGUUUUUGUGGUUCCGGUUCGAAUUAUAAUAGAUUCAGUAGGCUUGUAUCUAAAGUAGCCUCGGAUUAUAGGAGUCAUUCAACGUCGGUUGAGUCACACGUUAAGGAUACUAGUUGGGAAAAGAUUUACAUUCAAGGGGGUUUGAAUGUGAAACCUUUAGUGAUUGAUAAGGUGGAUAAGAAAGAGGGAAAUCAAGAGAAAGUGUUGGAUGAUAGUCUUUUGGGUGUAAAUGUUGAGACUAGAGCGAGAAAUGAACUUUCUGAGAUUGAGAAAGAGGCUUGGACAUUGCUUAGAGGGUCGAUUGUGGAUUAUUGUGGCAGUCCAGUUGGAACGGUUGCUGCGGCUGAUCCUGCUGAUAAGCUGCCGUUGAACUAUGAUCAGGUGUUUAUUCGGGAUUUUGUUCCUUCGGCGCUUGCUUUCUUGCUUAAUGGAGAAGGAGAGAUUGUCAAGAACUUCUUGCUGCAUACUCUCCGAUUGCAGAGUUGGGAAAAGACAGUUGAUUGCCACAGCCCCGGGCAAGGGUUGAUGCCAGCUAGCUUUAAAGUCCGAAGUGUGCCGCUUGAUGGAAAACCUGGGGAAUAUGAGGAUGUUUUGGAUCCUGAUUUUGGUGAAUCAGCAAUUGGGCGUGUUGCCCCUGUUGAUUCUGGUUUAUGGUGGAUUAUACUAUUAAGAGCCUAUGGAAAGAUCACGGGCGACUACUCUUUGCAAGAGAGGGUGGAUGUCCAAACAGGAAUAAGAUUGAUACUCAAAUUGUGCUUGACUGAUGGGUUUGACAUGUUUCCCACUCUUUUGGUGACCGAUGGCUCCUGCAUGAUUGAUAGAAGGAUGGGUAUUCAUGGCCAUCCUCUUGAAAUUCAAGCCCUAUUCUACUCGGCUCUACGCUGCUCACGAGAGAUGGUCACCGUCAAUGAUGCAACAAAAGAUCUUAUGGCAGCCAUCAACAACCGUCUGAGUGCCCUCUCUUUUCACAUUCGUGAAUACUAUUGGGUUGACAUGAAAAAGGUCAAUGAAAUCUACCGUUAUAAGACAGAGGAAUACUCUACUGAUGCCAUCAACAAAUUCAACAUUUAUCCAGAACAGAUUCCAUCUUGGUUGGUAGACUGGUUUCCUGAAUCUGGUGGCUAUCUUAUUGGCAACUUACAACCAGCUCACAUGGAUUUUAGGUUCUUCACCCUUGGGAAUCUGUGGUCCAUUGUUUCCUCAUUGGGAACACCUAAACAGAAUGAUGGGAUAUUGAACCUGAUUGAAGAGAAAUGGGACGACCUUGUAGCAAACAUGCCUCUCAAGAUCUGCUAUCCUGCACUUGAGUACGAAGAAUGGCGUAUAAUUACAGGAAGUGAUCCUAAGAACACUCCCUGGUCAUAUCACAAUGGAGGAUCUUGGCCUACACUCCUUUGGCAGUUCACACUUGCUUGUAUCAAGAUGAAGAGACCAGGACUUGCAAGAAAAGCAAUUGCUUUAGCUGAGAAGAGACUCUCUUCAGAUAAAUGGCCCGAAUAUUAUGAUACAAGAUUUGGAAGAUUCAUCGGGAAACAAUCACGGCUGUAUCAAACAUGGACAAUUGCUGGCUUCCUUACCUCGAAGAAGUUACUGGAGAACCCUGAGUUGGCAUCAAAGUUGUUUUGGGAAGAGGAUUUUGAACUUCUCGAGAACUGUGUGUGUGGUCUCGGAAAGCACGGAAGAAAGAAAUGCUCUAGAUCUGCUGCAAGAUCUCAAAUUGUACCUUAGAAACAAUCUCACUUGAUCCAAUUUACUUAACAGAAUAAAGAUUAGUGGUCCAAUAUUGAGAUGAACUUUAUUUAACUCAAGGACAGACUGACUUGACUUGUCAAUUGAAUGUUAUUAAUUAUUAAUGCAAUGCUAGUUUUCUUACUGUAA